CGCAAGAAUAGCACGCGAGCGCGGUCUUGAGUCGUGUUGAAUCGAGCAAGGAUCUCAGUGAACCUAUGUCUACGCGCAGUGCCUUUCGAUAUUAUAGUCGGUGACCACCAUGAGUGCGGUCUAUGAGGAGCGAAAACCGAAUCCGGUCACAAAGGCCAACUUCCUCUCCAAGUGGUUUUUUAUCUGGACGCGCGAGAUCGUGGUGAAGGGUCUGCGCCGCAGCCUCGAUCCCGCCGACCUCUACGCCCCGGAGCCGAGUCUCGAGAGCACCCAUGUCUCCGGCUACCUGUUGGGUUUCUGGGAGCAGGAGUUGAAGCGCAAGAAGCCCCAUGUCCUGCGCAUGAUAUUCAAAGCCUACGGAUGGAGCUUUGUGCCCAUGAGCAUCGUCUACUCGAUCCUGGCCAUCGCUGUGCACACAACGCAGCCCCUGAUGCUGGGCGGUCUGGUGUCCUUCUUCUCGGAAAGCACCGACAACAUCAGCAAGCACUCGGCCUAUCUGUAUGCCAUGGGCGUGGUGCUCUGCUCUUUGAUCUCGGGCCUCUUCUUCCAUCCCUUCAUGAAGUACCUGUUCCGCGUGGGUUCCCGCGUCCGCUUAGCCUGCGCUGGAUUGGUCUACCGAAAGUUCCUGCGCGUCUCUGUGGCGGCAGACAACAGCGGAGUGAGUGGCUAUGCCAUUGCCCUGAUGGCCACGGAUUUGCCCACCUUCAACGAGUCCUUCUACUGCUUCCAUGAGCUGUGGCGCGGUCCGCUGGAGGGUGUGGUGUUUGUGUACAUCAUUUACCAGCUGAUUGGCUGGCCGGCGGCCGUAGGACUGGGUACCAUUGUGGCCUUCAUCCCGCUGCAGGCGUGGGCGGCGCGUGCCAUAGCUAGGUACAAGCGUCAGUCGGCGGAUUACGGGGAUGAGCGGGUGAAGCUGAUGAACGAGAUCAUCGCGGCAAUGCAGCUGAUCAAGAUGUAUGCGUGGGAGAAGUCCUUCGCCAAGCUGAUUGGCAAGGUGCGCAAGGAGGAGAUGAAGUCCAUCAAAGGAUCGACGUACAUCUACGCGGGACUGCAGUGCACGGGCAUGAUCUCCAAGCUGUCGCUGUUCCUAUCCCUGGUCACGUACGUCUUCUCGGGGGAUUUGGUCACCUCGCAGAAGGUCUUCAUUGUGGCCAGCUACUACGAUCAUCUGAACGACUCCCUGCUCCACGCCUGGCCUUUGGCCAUCAACAUGUGGGUGGAGACGUUUGUGGUGGCUAAUCGCGUCAAGGAUUUCCUUCUCCAGCAAGAGAAUCCCGCUGAUGGUGGAGUGGAUAACUUUAAGGAUCCGGAAACGGAUCCACAGCAUGGAAACUUUCCGGGACGCACCAACAACCCUCGGGCGGAGGUCAAGAGCAUAACGGUGCAUAAGCUCACCGCCAGCUGGGAUCAGGCGCAGCAGGAGAAGCGGCAUCGCCACAUCGAGGACGUGAGCUUUCAGGCCAGCGAUCAGCAGUUCGUUGGGAUUGUGGGCACCGUGGGUGCCGGCAAGAGCACCCUGCUCCAGGCGAUUCUCGGCGAACUGGACAUCAUCAGCGGCAGUGUGGAGCUCAAUGGUGUGCUAAGCUAUGCCCCCCAGGAGCCCUGGUUGCUUCGGGGCAGUCUCCGCGAAAAUAUACUCUUCACGGAACCCUACGACGAGCAGCGCUAUCACGAGGUCCUGCGGGUGUGUCACCUGGACAAGGACUUGGAGCACUUGCCGGCGGGUGACAACACCAGAGUGGGCGAGGGCGGAGCUAGUCUCAGUGGAGGGCAGAAGGCCAGGGUCAGUCUGGCCAGAGCUGUCUACCGCAAGGCAGAUAUCUACCUACUGGAUGACCCGCUCUCUGCCGUGGACUCCAACAUCAGCAAGAUCCUGCUGGAUCGCUGCCUCAACGAGUUCCUGUGCAAAAAGAUUCGCAUCCUAGUCACGCAUCGGGUGCAGCUGCUCCGGCAUGUCGACCACCUGGUACUGCUCGAGGGCGGGCGAAUCUCCAUUCAGGGCCAGUACGAUGCUUUGAAGAAGCUCAUUCGCUUUCGGAUGUCGGUGGCCAACGAUGCCGAGGUGGCUAAGCUACGAGCUAUGCGCACGGAUAGUGUCUAUGAGGAUCCGGAGCCAAGGAAGUCUUUGUCUCAGGAGGAGCAUCUUGAUCGCGAUCAGCUGCAGCAGCAGUUCAAGGAGCAGCAGCAUCGAGGGUCUGUGAAACUCAAUACCUAUCGGGCAUACCUAAAGGUCCUGGGGCAUCCUGUAGUGGUAGUAAUGAUCCUGGUGCUGUUCGUGGUGGCGAGGGCCUCGGAGGCUACUAUGGAUAUCUUUUUGUCCAAGUGGGCCACUUGGGAGGAGACGGAGCCCAACCAGCAUGAACCCAUCCCGGAGUACCACAAGACUCGCAUGCAUAUGGUCAUCCUGUACACCCUGCUCAUCCUGAGCACCCUCAUUUUCUAUGUCCUGCGCACCUUUGGCUUCUUUGCCAUGACCUUAAGGAUAUCCUUGAGGAUUCACAAUUAUCUCUUUCGGGGCAUCAUUAGUGCCUGCAUGCAGUUCUUUAACCUGGCCACCUCCGGCCGAAUCCUUAACCGCUUCUCCAGCGAUAUCCUGGCUAUCGAUAUCAACCUGCCCGCCUCACUGAUGGAUUCUAUAGAGUUUGUGGUGAAUGGACUGGCUGUACUGGCGGUGGUCAGCACGGCCAAUACUUGGCUGCUCAUUCCUGCCAUCGUAAUAGUGGCUUUGCUAUAUGGAUGUCGGUGUUUGUACAUAGGAGCUAGCAGGAGUCUGAAGAGGAUUGAAACUAUCUCCCGCAGUCCCAUCUACUCCCACACGAAUGCCACCUUCCGGGGACUGGCCACCAUCCGUGCUCUCAAUGGGGCCAAACUUAUGGAGCAGGAUUUCCAUCAUUAUCAGAACGAGAACACCUCGGCUCUCUACCUCCAUGUGAGCAUCAAUCGUGCCUUUGCCUUCUGGACGGACCUGAUCUGUGUGCUCUACAUCCUGGCGGUGACAUUCAGCUUCCUGAUCUUCGACAAAAGUCGUGAUUAUUACAGUGGGGACGUGGGCUUGGCCAUUACCCAGUCCAUGAAGCUGGUGCUGAUGUGCCAGGCGGGCAUGCGCCAGACCGUGGAGCUGGAGAACAUGAUGACCAGUGUGGAGCGCGUCCUGGAGUACGCCAAUAUACCCUCGGAGCCGGCCUAUGAGACGGAGGAGUCGGUGAAUCUGCCAGCUCAAUGGCCUAGUAGCGGACAGCUGGACUUCCGCAAUCUAAGGCUCAAGUAUGGUGAUCAUGGACCCUAUAUCCUCAAGGGCCUGAACUUUACGAUUCGCGGCGAGGAGAAGAUCGGUAUUGUGGGUCACACGGCGGCUGGCAAGUCCUCAAUUGUGGCAGCCCUUUUCCGGCUGGCUCACAUCGAUGGCCGCAUUGCCAUCGAUGGUUUCGAGACAUCGGAAUUGGGACUGCACGAUCUGCGUCGCAGGAUCUCGAUUAUACCGCAGGAUCCUAUCUUGUUCUCAGGCUCGCUCCGCUUCAACCUCGACCCGUUCGAGGAGAAGUCGGACGCGGAGCUGUGGCAGGCCCUGGAGGCCGUCAAGCUCAAGGAGUUCGUCGCGAACCUCAAGGACGGCAUCUACUGUCGCGUCCACGACAGUGGGGCAAACUUCAGCAUGGGCCAGCGGCAGCAGGUCUGCCUGGCCAGGGCCCUGCUUCGUCAGAAUAAGAUACUCAUUAUGGACGAGGCCACGGCCAAUGUGGAUCCACAGACCGACAAUCUCAUCCAGGAGGCCAUCCACACCAAGUUCGCCCACUGCACCGUCCUGACCAUUGCCCACCGCCUGCACACGGUUAUGGAUAACGAUCGGGUGAUGGUGGUGGACAUGGGCCGUGUGGUGGAGCUGGGGCAUCCCCACGAGCUGCUCCACAACAGGCACGGCUACCUGCAUCGCUUCGUGGAGAAGACGGGCGUGGGCACUGCUCAGCAUCUGCGUUACCUGGCAGAGCAAAGCUACAGGAAGCGGGUGCUGGGCAAGAAGACGGAGGAAAGGAAAUCCUUGCUGGAGGUGGGCUACAAGGGGACGACGCUGUGAAAGACUGCGGGAAAGGGUGGGAUAUUUUUGAAUAAAACAAAAGAGAGAGCCUUGAGGGCCUUGUUUUGUUCUGUAAGGUAUGGUAAUUAUAGACUUUAUUAUAGUGAACUGAUCUUUAAAUAUAGUUUAUAUAUAUGUAUAUAUAUUUAAUAUGUACUUUAUAAUAUAUACUCGUACUUCUGCUGUCUUUGUCUUCUUGAA